GGUGUUAUCUUUAAAAACAACAUUUUAAAUAAAGAAUCCUAAGUAUAUUACAUCUCUUUUAUCAAAUAAAAUAAUAAAUUUGGCGUCAGUUUUAAUUAUAACAGCCAAGCUGGCGAAAUCUUCACAUCAUGCCGUAUACCGGAUGGGACGCUGUCAUGUGGAGAUCAAAUUAUCGCAUUAUUAAUUAUUUAUCUUAAAUCUUAAUGACUUAUUAUCCUGUUAUUAAUGACUUGUGACAUUAGAACUUCAAGUGGGUGAUGUCACUCGCUUCAAAUCAUUUUCUAGCAUUUCACUGGGUGAUCUGAUGCGUUAAAAAUGAACGAACCAGAAAAUAUACAUAAUAUGAAUUCCGUUCACAAUAUUUAUUGAAGAGGGAGAAGCUGCACUCAAUAAAUUGAUGAAAAUAUGGCUGAAGUUACACAUUCAGUUGUGUUUUCAUCAGAUGGGCAAUGGAGGAACAGACCACCCAGUAGAAUUCCCAGUUUGUGGAAGUCAUAUUUAUAUCAACUACAGCAGGAAGCACCUAUUCCUAAGCGAAUUCUUUGCAAUCGCGAAGUUCAUGGAAAACCAUUUCAUUAUGGAAGAGAGUUCCAUGGGAAAAUUUCAAGAGAAGAAGCAGAAAGACUUCUUGUUGAAGAUGGAUGCUACUUGGUUCGAGAGAGCCAAAGAGCUGUAGGACAAUAUACUUUAAGCAUGAGGUUUGGUGGAAUUACAAAGAAUUUUAAAUUAUAUUAUGAUGGGAAACAUUAUGUUGGAGAGAAAAGGUUUGAUACAAUUCAAGAUCUUGUUGCAGAUGGACUUAUUUCACUUUAUUUGGAAGUUCAUGCAGGGGAUUAUAUUGCUACUAUGUGUAUGGAGUCAAAAUAUGAAGAUAGUCCUUAUAUGACUUUAAAUUCAUAUAAGCGAAAAAUUACCAGAAACUGGGUUGGGAAUAGUGUUAGGUAUGGAAAAGAUGAGUUGGCAUUAAAGAAAGAGAUGAACAGAUGUGAAACACUCCAUGAAUAUGAUCGUCCUCCUGUAGAGGAGGAAACUGAAGGUAUUGAUGUUGCACAAUUUGAAAAAGCCCAUGCAUUUAAGGUUAAUAAUUUUAUUGGAUUGCCUUGGUGUGACUUUUGUGGGAAUUUCAUGUGGGGCUUAAUUGCUCAAGGUGUUAAAUGUGAAGAUUGUGGUUUCAAUGCUCACAAGAAAUGUUCUGAAAAAGUUCCAAGUGAUUGUAUGCCUUGUUUGAAAUAUGUUAAAAGGGUUUUUGGUGUUGAUCUGAUUACUCUUGUAAAAGCCCAUAAUACGUUACGGCCCUUUGUUGUUGACUUAUGCAUUAAAGAAACAGAAAAACGGGGUUUAGAUGUUGAAGGUUUGUAUAGAGUUUCUGGAUUUAGUGAUGAAAUAGAAAUAUGUAGAAUGGUAUUUGAAAGAGACUGUGAAUGUGCUGAUAUUAGUAGGACUGCAUUUGAAGAUGUCAAUGUCAUAACUGGUGUUUUAAAGCUGUUCUUCCGCCUUUUACCAAUUCCUCUGAUAACUUUUGAAGCAUACAGUUCCUUUAUUGCAGCCGCAAAAAAACCUGCCUUAGGAGAGAAGUUAGAGUCACUAAAAGAAGCCUUGAAAAAUUUACCACCAGCUCAUUAUCAAACUUUAAAGUUUUUAAUGGCUCAUUUAUACAGGGUUGCAGACAGACAAAAAUAUAAUUUGAUGACUCCUCAAAAUUUAAGCACUGUGUUCUGUCCAACAUUACUUCGUUGUCCAGAAAUUGGAGGUGUUCCAGAUCAGUUAACAGCAUGGCAUGCUGAAAGUACUGUAGUGGAGCUAUUAAUAACUCAUCAGAGGCAGCUUUUUGAUCACUGACAAUAUUUUCUGCAUAGAUUUAAAACUCAGUCUUCUGUAUCUUUAUUACUACUUGUUGAAAGAAAAGUUGAAUACAUCAUGUCCUGCCAUUCUACUUGCUGUGUGUGUUUUUUUUCACAGCAAGAAUUUUACUGUCCCAAUGAUGCAAUAAAUUAUAAAAAGAUUUGUACUUUCAUGUAAAUAAAUUGAAGUGAAGUCAAUGUAACAAAAUGCAAGUUUUUAUACUUGUUUUAAUCGAGCAUAGCUGGAAAUGUUUUGGUGAAAAUCUUCUACAGCGGUAUAAAGGGUAUAUAACAUUAUCAAAAAUGCCUAUCCAGUGAAAGAAUUGUUUUGACAUAAAUCAGUUUUUAAAUGUUACUUAUGGAAUAAAAUUCGUUAAGUGCUUCAUUAAAAUUGAAAAUCUAACAUUGCUCUAACAUUUUGAUAUUUUCAAAUGCAUAUAGCUCAAAACAUAUUACAGUAUAGAACCAUUUAUCUCUUUUAGUGUUAACCAAUUAACCCUAGAAUCAUAUUUUUGAGUGAUUUGCUUUAAAAUAUUCCCAGAAAAUGUGCCCUCCUGAUAUAUUUAAAAUUGUAAAUUUUCAUUCCAUUUAGAUGACAUUUUUAACUUACUUGGAAAAUACCCUAUGUAGUUUGGUAUCAUUUAACACAUUUAGUGCAAAAGAACUAGGUACACAUUUAUGGGAUGACUUAUGAGCAAUCCGAAACAUGGAAAAUUUUUCAAUUUCAAUUUUUAUUACUAAACUUAAAUAAAGGGGGAAACAUUAAGCAACAUUAAAUAAAGAAGUGCAAUUUUCAGACACACUUAUCUCAAUAUCUUUUAUUUAUUCCGUAUAAAAACCUCUCUGAUUGAGUAGAUAAGAGAGGCUGUAUUCACAAGCUUCCGCUUUUCUGAACAAAGCUUGAAAAUUCGGAGAUUUUUCCAAUUUUGUCCAAACCUUUUAACUUAACAUCAAAGAAAUACAUACUUACAUAUUCAGAUGCAAUUUAUGCAAUCUACCUGUUAAAUUAAUAAUUGGAAAAAUAAUGAUGAGGAAAUUAGGAAAUGCCAAAUUGGGGAUGUGCAAAUUUUUUGUACAGGUGAUUGCAGAAAAGUUCAAGCUCAUUUUUAAACUUAAUGUUAUAAGGCUACAAGAAGUCAAUAAUUCAACUAUUAUUGACACUAUUUAAAAAAAUUGCAAUUCUAUGAACAGAUUGUGUAUGAACAUUGUGAUCGUGAAAAUGAAAUCUUUUUAUUAAAAGCAUAAAAAUUAUAUCUUUCUUAUCUUAAACAUAUCCAUACAGUUUAUUUUUCUUCUUUUCAAAAUGUCUAUUUCAAACAAAUGUGCCAAAAUGUUCCCGAAUUUUCUACUACAAAAAAAGGAAGUCAACUUGUAGGCACUUUGCUGAAUUUUUCAAUUAUCUCUGAAAAUAAGAGGCCAACUUACAUGUAGGCAUUUUAUUCUGAUAUGCUGUUCCAAAUUACAGCACAAAAUUUGUCAGCGUCAGUAAAGCAGUGAAUCAAAAUUAACAUUUUGUUUAAUUUUUAAGCAUAUUGUUUUGUUUUAAAAUUACACUAUUUAUUUCUUUUGUAAUAAAUAAAAUAUACCUUUAAAAAUUCAGGAAUAUAUUAGCAUUUUUCUAAGCACUGAAGAAAUGGGUAACAUCGCCAAAUUAAAACACUGGUGUUCUGUUGCAUGUUCAUAUGAUUUCAAGUUCUUAGCUAAUCUUACUUUUCAUAGAACCAGACAGGUUUUGAUUUUUCUAUAGAGUUAUUUUCAGUCCAAAGAUGUCCUUCAGAAUUGCCCCCUGUCAUAUUUUGAUCAAUUCUUGAUUGUGAUUUAAACAUCCAAAUAUUUAUUGAUUGCUUGUAAUUGAUAAUUUGGAAAUUUUAAUAGUUUCAAAUGACACAGACAGGAACAAAUUUUGUAAUGCAUGUUGAAUCAUUAGAUGUGUCAAUCAGCAGCAGGUUGUUCAUAAUAGCUCUGAAGCCUUUCUUAAUAACCGAUUCCAUACUAUAAUGUCAAAAUCUUGCUGAUUAUUCAUAAGAUUUUCCACUUCAACUCUUGAAACAAUGCUUUACUCUUAAUAACUUUUUACUGCUGGUGGAAGAUGUAAAAAAAGGUUAUGUGCAGUUCAGUAUGUGUAUGUUUUAGCAUUAAACUGAAAUAGAGCUGAAACUCAUGCAGUGUAUGCAUUGUACUUUUCAUAUUGUUUUAUGUAAACCGAAGUGCAAAAUAUUGCUGCUAGUGUAUCCUGUGUGCGUAUAUAUACAAGGGCUGUUCAAUAAGUAAUAAGAUUAAAUUUAUAAAAAAUUGCAAAUCAAAUUAAAUCGUCAUAAUUUACAUGGUUUUUUUUUAAAUAACUUCUGCGGGUCUAAAUGCAUUUAUUCCAAUGUUCUGUCCACUUCUUGAAAACUUGUGAACGUUAUGUGUGUGAGAGCUAUUUCAAAGUCGCAUCCGUGGAGUUUAGACAUGCUUUGUUGCUUUCAAAAUGUUUGCCUCGUAAAUGUUCCUUAAGUUGAGGUAACAGCCAGAGCACACUUGAUGUAAAAUAAUUCUGAAAUUCCACUUGAUAAUAAUAGCAGCAGUGUUAAUCAUUGUCUUUGUGAUGGAGGUUGAAGAUUGUCCCUCACAUUCAAUAGCUUCCAUAUUUUACCUUCCUUAAAAGCUUUAUGCCAGCAAGAAGUACUGACUAAACAUUGCUUGCUUCAUCGUUGAAGACUUCACCUAUCAUUAUCCAAGAUCUCUGAUGCUGAUUUUUGUAGACGAAAACAAACUUUAGUUGCAUAACUUUGUUCCUAUGACGCUUCCAUUUUGUCAACUGGCUGAGUCUUGUAGGCGCCGCCAACAGACUUCUACUCAAACACAUGAUACUCAGGAAUAUGAGUGUACCCCUCAACUAUUGGUAGCUUUUAAUACAGACAACAGACAUUUUUCAUGCCACAGAAAUUAACAUUCUGAUGAGUGGUUUCGCAGCAGUAAAGUUAGUUUUAUUUCUUGUAGGCGCCCACCAACAAGAUUCAAUUCAAUCACGUGAUACCCAGGAACAUGAGUCUGUACACGCCAACUGUCGGUAGCUUUUGUUAGUACAGACCACAGACAUUUAUCAUGCCACAGGAAUUAACAUUCCGAUGUGUGGUUUCACAGCAGUAAAAUUAGUCUUAUUACGUAUUGAACAGCCUACAUAUAUACAUACAUAUAUAUAUGUAUUGAAAGGCUGAGGGGUUUAAGAAAAAAGAAAUUAACUCAAGAGAACAGGAACAUAAAACAUUUAUUUCCUAAAUACUUCAAAUUUGAGAAUCAGAAUAAAUAGUCCCUUAGCAUAUGAUACGGAAAGUUUUAUGAAAGCAUGCAUUUUCAAUCAUUUUUUUAAAAUAUAAUUGUAGUAUCCAUACACUUGUAACUAAAAGGAAAAGAAAGCAUCUAAAAAGAAAUUGUUAUUGUGAUACGUAAAGAGUAUUUUACUUUGCUCAACAUUAUUUAGUGAUUGAGUAUAUAACUCCCCUCUAGAUUCGCAAUAAUAAUUUAAAUAAUUUUUUAGCAAACCCAAAGUGAUAAUUUAAUGCAUUUGUUUAAGCGAUUUUGAUGUGUAUUAUUGCACUUUACCAAGUCAUGAGCUUGAAAAAAAUGCAUUGUAUGCUAUGCUUUCAUGUUUCCCGUAGUUAUUUUUGCAAUUCAUGCUUAAAAAUUAUUAUUUAUUUCAACUAAGGAACACUGGUGUACCGAUACAUCCCUCUCCCCCUAAAAAUGAUUUGAAUAUCUUUGUUUCAGAUCAUGAUCUUUUCAAAUGCUCUAUCAAAUAUUGGAGCAGCAUUGAUUAUGUGUUUGUUCAAGUAAAAUUUUUGUAAAGUUUAGGCAGGCUCAAACAGAUUGCAUGAGUGCCUUCUGCUUUAUUUACAUUUUUUUUAACUAACAAACUGACUGAUGCAUAAAAUUAAAGAGUAGAUUAAACUUGUGUCAGCAUUGGGAAUGUGCAAAAUUUCUUAAAUGUAGAACAAUGAAAAACUGCUUUUGUUAUUUAUUGUGAAAUUUAUUCACGUUACACUUUUGUUAUGCUUUUUUCUUAUUUCAUGCCCACUGUGCAAAAAAAAAAAAAAAAAAAAGAAUUCCAUGAACAGCAUGUUUUCCCCUCCAUGGUAACUGAAAAAGACUACAACUAGUUCAACUAUGUUUCAAUUCAGUCAAAUAGUUUGAUAACUUCCCUUGUUUCUCUUUAAAAUUAAGUGUCAAAGUUACUUUCAGUAAAUUUUGGACAUAAUUUUCAUCAACUGUUACCCCCAAAAAAUCCUUUGGAUAAAAAGUUGUCAUGAUAAUAUUAAACAAUCUAUAUACAAACUAACCACUACUAUUUAACAAUCAAUGUUUAACUUGCAUCAAAGAGAAAUAUUAGUUACUCAGUAUGUUCACAUUAG